AUGCUAGGGUCAUCUAACAGGGACGAGGAGCUCGCUUACCACAGAACCUGGCAUGCUGCUUCUGCAUUAAUCCGUCGUCGAGCUAGAAGCCGACCGGGCUGCUCUGAGGUACCCCACAUAUUCUCCGCAAGUCUGAGUGUAUCAUGGCAUCUGUAUCACAUCCCGCUCGCUGACAACAUCACCCGAGGCCGUGGAAGCUGUUUCACUCAUCGCCCGUCUGGUAUCGGCACAUCGUGGCACGACCCUGUGGCUGAUGGAUGUGUAAAAUAUUGUCCGUGCUGCUCAACCGAUAUCUAA